AUGUCCUGGCCACGAUCACAACUUUUCGAGAUUGGAGAUCAAACAUGGUGUCCGUCAUGGUUGCAUAAAUACGAACAGUUCUCCCUUACGCAGCUCUGGCAGCUACAAGUUCCCGGUUGGAGCAACGGUAGUCUUGCGACACAAGCAUGCGAAGUGUUCAAGGAGCAUUUACAGGACCUAUCAUCAUAUGCCGUUGUCGACGUCUGUGCUGGUGCUGGGGGACCCACUCCAGUGCUUGAAUUCAAACUGAAUAAGGAACUCCAGUCUAAGGGCAAAGAUCCUGUUCAUUUCAUUUUAACCGAUCUCUACCCACAUUUUGAAGAGUGGCGGAGAAUCUCGAAGAAACAGAAAAACGUGGCAUACAUCAAAAAACCAGUUGAUGCUCGGGCUGCUGAUCGAUUUACAAAAGCAUCUUCGAAGGCGAAAGAAUGCAGACUCUUUAAUUCUGCCGAUGCUUUCAUGUAA